GGACACACCACGCGAAGACUCUUGCUAUCUGAACCAAACCGCGUGGAGUGUGUGAAGGAAGGACCAACACACGCAGGACAAACUUCCACCGCUUCAACUUCAACCACCCGCCAGUGAGAGGACAUCGAUCCCACCGAAGAGGCGCCAUGGAACCUAUCACCGGCUUCCAGGGGCUAAUGGCUGCGGGCGGGGCGGGGGUCCCGCCGGGGGGAGUCGCGGGCGCGACCGUAGCGCCGCACCAGAUUAUACCCACCGUGUCCGGGGACAGCGGCGAGGACUCGGUUAGCAACGACUGCAAGCGCAAGACGGAGAUGGCAAAGGAGCGCAAUCGCCUUCACGCCAGGAACACGCGCGCCCGUAAGAAGCAAUACAUGGAGGAACUCAAGGACAAAGUGGAGAGUUUGCACGCCAAACGGGCGGCUGCGGAACACAACAAGGAGGCAGCGGCGAGAGAGGACGAAGAGAAGAUAGCGCGUUGGGCCGCUACGCUUAAGAACGUGUUGGACCUUCGCUGCCAAGGCGUCGUGGACCCGGCGGUAUGGAAUGAGGUGCUGACGGAGGACUUCGAGCUGUCUCUCCCUCUCACGCCGUACCGGAAGUUUGACCCCGCCGACGUGGAGGGGGGGCGCCGCCGAGUGCUUGUGGGUGUGGAGGGCAUGAUCUCCGACACGGCCUCCUUGACGGAAAUGUGCGAAAACCUGGCGGAGCGUUGCCGCCAAAAGGGAGGUCUCAGUCCACCGGCGGCGCCGGCGGCGGCGAGUGGCGGCGGCGAUGACAACCAGCCCCCCCGUCCUAGGGUGCACCUCAAGUCUUGCGUGAGCAAUGGAGACAUGGUAUUCUCGUCUGACCGAGGAAUCAUGUGUGUCUUCAGCAUGACGACGGUGGACGCGUGCGAUUUCGGGUCGCCGCUAGAGGUAGAGAAGAACGGGAUGCUCCGGGCGACCUUCGUGGAGGGGGGAAAGCUUGACGAGCUGGAGAUUAUGUUCGACGGUAUCGCCGUACACCAGCAGCUGCAGAAGGCGAUGGGGUGAAAAUCGAACCACGCACGGCGAUGGACGAGGCCGCCGCGUCCCCCGCCAUCGCAUCGUCAUCCAAGGAGCGCUGUUGCGACUUGGACAACGAAGUUAUUUCGCCGUCAAAGUAUGAAUCAUACGGUACAAUCGUGUAGGCAGAUACAACAGCGUCGUCUUUUUGCCGGAGAAGGAAGGAAGACAGGACAAUGUUGUGCCGUCGUCGAUGCUGCGGUUUCGGAUGCAGCAGCAGCCGCAGCCGUUAGCCCCGUCGGGGUUCAGGUUCGAUGGACGAAGGCAUUCAAGGGGGGGGAGGGUAGCGGAAGGCCUCCGUGACCUGUGGGGGGACGGGGGCAGGCGUGUGUUUCCAUCCCGGUGGUUACAAUGUUUGGUAAUAGAUAAGCCAGGGGGUGACGGCGUGUGGUAUACACGUGCGCGGGGGUCACUGAUGGUGGUGAUGCAUGUGCCGCGAUGGUGUCGUUGUUGUCCCUUUUCGGGAAACGUCAAGGCGAGAUCGCCUCUUUUCCUCUUGUAUUAAACACAAUGGUGCUCCCCAACACGCGAAUACUUGGGGACUGCCUGUGUUUUUUCUUUGUGUUUUUGUGUGUGUGCGACUAAUUUCUCGUGGCGGCGGCAACUUGUUGGGUGACAACAGAGGCCUUGCGCCGGGUUAGAGACAACGGUACGGUGUCGACUUGCCCGCGUCUUGAGUGUGUUGUGUCGAAGCCUUAGCUUUGUGCGGGUGGUGCUCCGUCCGGGCUGGGUUUUGCGACAGCCACGAGGAAACACCGCGUGCUAUUUGCUACUACUCCUACUGCUGCUGCUGUGCUGCGGCACGCAGCCGAGGAGCAGCUGGGUCGGAUCAUUUCGUCCUCCCAGCAGCUCGUUCAUGUGCUUGCGGUGUAUGAUGCGAAUUCGUAUGCCACCGGCCAUGGUAGGCGCCCCGCGCUACAGCAAUAGUGCUUGCUCUCUUUAGAUUAAUUCGCCGUUCGUCGGGGGGGUUCGUGUGAGCGUGCAUUCACGCAGGUGUUGCCUUUGGAUCUCUGCACCAUCACGGCAAUACCCUCGCUGUGCGAUGGGCAUUCGUUAGAAUGUUGCGGUCAAGUACAAGUUACAAUGGGUAUAACGCACCGCGGCUUUAGAUGGCGUUUUCGUUGUUUGCUUCGAGUGUUGAUUGGGACCGCGUCGGGGUUGAGGUGAGACGGCGUGCUUGUCGCAUGGCAUGCCCUGUACAAAUACAGCGAGCCAGCCACGGAAGAGGCAGCAGCAGAAGAAUGAGUCGUAUUAGACUAUAAGAUGUUUUGAGUGUUCUUGGUUUCCUGGAACGUGUGGUACGUGUCCGUCCAUGUGGCUUGAUUUGCUUUGCGUGGUGGACGUCUGUAAGCCGUGCAAGCGCAGGAUCACACUUACUUGCCACGCUGCCGUAGAUAUUCGAAGUUCAUGUAUAUUGGCCGUUCAUUCGAGAGGCCGAAAUGAUUGUUUUUGUUGCGGUGUAGUUAUGUUUGAUUGUUUUUCUUGUUCGCACGCUUGCAUCGUGACAUGAACUAUUUAUUUCCUCGUUGGCGUUGUUUAUUUCUUCAUAUGCUUACAUGGUUAGUCUACAGUACUUUCCUGGGAAGGGAGGAGGGGUCCGCGUUAGUUGGACCGGUAGGAAAGUUACAAGGUGCGCGCAGUUACCUGAACGGGUUUGAAUGUGAAGAUAGCAACAACAACAUUGGCGUGGUUUCGCAUAUAUAUAUGCUGCUAAUACUGGCAACAAUGGUUAUUGUGAACAAGGGCGCUAUUACCUUCUGGC